AUGACAGACAACCUCAGGCCCCAGCCAGACAAGGUCCUCACCGAGAUUGCCGACUAUGUCCACUCAUACAAGAUCGACUCCCCGCUCGCUGUCGAGACCGCCAGGCUCUGUCUGCUCGACACCCUCGGCUGCGGUCUCGAAGCUCUCAAGUACGAUGCCUGCUCGAGAUUGCUCGGCCCCGUCGUUCCCGGCACCUCGGUACCCGCCGGCACGCGCGUUCCUGGCACUAAUCAUCAGCUUGAUCCCGUUCGCGGAGCGUUCGCGAUCGGAGCCGCUAUUCGCUGGCUCGACUACAACGACUGCUGGCUCGCCGCCGAAUGGGGUCAUCCGUCGGACAACCUUGGCGGCAUCCUUGCCGUCACUGACUGGCUCUCGCGCUCUCACAAGCUUGACGGCACGUCGACAGUUCCGUUUGCCCGCCAGUUUAAGAUUAGCGACGUGCUAGAAGCUAUGAUUAAGGCCCAUGAGAUCCAGGGAAACCUCGCGAUCGAGAACUCGUUCAAUGCCGUCGGGCUCGAUCACGUCGUCCUCGUUAAGGUCGCGACCACCGCCGUUGUUUCUAAGUUAAUCGGACUCUCUCGCGAUCAGACUGUUGACGCUGUUUCUCAAGCCUGGGUCGAUGGCCAGUCUCUGCGUACAUACCGCCACGCUCCCAAUACCGGAUCGCGCAAGUCCUGGGCAGCUGGUGACGCCGGCUCACGUGCUGUCAACCUUGCGCUCAUGGUCCAGAAGGGUGAGACAGGAUUGCCGUCCGUACUGACCGCACCCACUUGGGGAUUUUAUGACGUUUUGUUCAAGGGGAAGCCGUUUGAAUUCCAGAGACCGUACGACUCUUAUGUAAUGGAGAACGUCCUGUUCAAGAUCUCCUACCCUGCCGAGUUUCACGCGCAGACCGCGGUCGAGGCUGCCAUGACUAUUCACGGCAAAUUAUCUGCAUCCGGAAAGACAUACAAGGACAUUUCCUCGGUCGAGAUCCGCACUCAGGAGGCGGGCAAUAGAAUUAUUAACAAGAAUGGUCCGCUUUACAACUACGCCGAUCGAGACCAUUGCAUUCAGUACAUGGUCGCAAUCCCUUUGAUCCAUGGCCGCCUUACCGCCGACGACUACCACGACACCGUGGCUGCCGACCCAGCCAUUGACCAGCUCAGAGAAAAAAUGACUUGCUUCGAGGAAAAGAAGUUUACGGUUGACUACCACGCUCCGGACAAGCGAUUCAUAGGCAAUGCUCUCAAGGUCACGCUUUCGGACGGCACCGUUCUGGAGGAAGAAGUCAAUUACCCGAUCGGACACCGUCUUCGUCGCGAGGAAGGAACUCCGGUCUUGCUAGACAAGUUUGAAAGACAUUUGAAGGGUAGGUUUGCGGAGCAGCAGGUGUCAAAGAUUUUAGAGAGGUCGGGUAAGGAUAUGCUGGAUUUGAACGUGGACGAGUACGUCGAUCUCUACGUGAAGGCUUAG